GGCGUGGUGACGUCAGGCGGCGGCGCGGCGGAGCCCGCCCCCUCCCAAGAUGGCGUCGCUGCUGCAAUCGGAGCGGGUGCUGUACCUGGUGCGCGGCGAGAAGGAGCUGCGGGCGCCGCUGCCGCAGCUGUACUUCUGCCGCUACUGCAGCGAGCUCCGCUCGCUAGAGUGCGUCUCGCACGAGGUUGACUCUCACUACUGCCCCAGCUGCCUGGAAAACAUGCCUUCAGCUGAAGCCAAGCUGAAAAAGAACAGGUGUGCCAACUGCUUUGACUGCCCGUGCUGCAUGCACACCCUCUCCACACGGGCCACGAGCAUCCCUGCGCCGCUGCCCGACGACCCGGCCAAGACCACCAUGAAGAAAGCCUAUUACCUGGCCUGUGGCUUCUGCCGCUGGACUUCCCGGGAUGUGGGCAUGGCAGACAAGUCUGUUGCGAGUGGGGGCUGGCAGGAGCCGGAGAAUCCUCACACACAGAGGAUUAACAAGCUGGUUGAGUACUACCAGCAGCUGGCUCAGAAGGAGAAGAUCGAGCGGGACAGGAAGAAGCUGGUGCGACGCCGCAACUACGUCCCACUGGCCUUCUCGCAACACACUAUACAUGUAGUGGACAAAUACAGCCUUGGGACGAGGCUGCAGCGCCAGAGGCCCGGAGCUCCCAUCAGUGCCCUCGCUGGACUCUCCCUGAAAGAAGGAGAAGACCACAAGGAGAUCAAGAUCGAGCCAGCUGAUGCAGUGGAAGAAGUGGAGCCUCUUCCUGAAGAUUACUACACAAGACCAAUCAAUCUGACAGAAGUGACGACUCUGCGGCAGCGCCUGCUGCAGCCUGACUUCCAGCCCAUCUGCGCUUCCCAGCUCUACCCCCGCCACAAGCACCUGCUGAUCAAACGCUCGCUGCGCUGCCGGAAAUGUGAGCAUAACCUGAGCAAACCAGAAUUCAAUCCAACCUCUAUCAAAUUCAAGAUCCAGCUGGUUGCUGUUAACUACAUCCCUGAAGUGAGAAUCAUGUCUAUUCCCAACCUGCGCUACAUGAAGGAGAGCCAAGUCCUUCUGACUCUGACUAACCCCGUGGAGAACGUCACACAUGUCACAUUGCUGGAGUGUGAGGAGGGAGACCCUGAUAACAUCAACAGCACUGCCAAGGUGGCAGUUCCUCCCAAGGAGCUUAUUCUGGCUGGCAAAGAUGCUGCAGCAGAAUAUGAUGAGCUGGCAGAGCCUCAAGACUUCCAGGAUGAUCCUGACAUUAUUGCCUUUAGAAAAGCCAAUAAGGUGGGAGUUUUCAUCAAGGUCACCCCACAGAAAGAAGAGGGCGAGGUGACUGUGAGUUUCAAGAUGAAGCACGAGUUCAAAAACCUCACUGCUCCCAUCAGGCCCAACGAGGAUGGUGACCACCCCUCUGAGGUGAUCUGGCUCACCCACCACGUGGAGCUCAGCCUCGGCCCCGUGCUCCCCUAGCGGCUCCCGGCGCUGCUCCCGACGGCUGGAUGGACUGGCACCCUGAGAAAGCGCCUCUGAAAGGUUCUGCAGAGCUCCCCUGUGAUGUGUGGGUGUGCCACGGGCCCGGCCAGCUGCCAGGAGGGGGCUGAGCUGCCGUGGUUUGGGCUGGUUUGUUCUCUCUCCCCUUGUGUAGUGCCCACUAACCACCACUCCACUUCCCCUCACUGCCCCAGGCUAGAGUAACUUGCAGCACGUCUUAGAGCACAGAAAAAGAUCUCCCUCCAGGUUUGCACUGAAUUGUGCUUUAUCAACAGAGGAUUAGGGCUGAAUUUGGAUUUAUCAGCAGAAAAGUAGCCAUUCUGUUUUUUUUUCUCAGCCCACAAACCUGAUGUUACAUACCUAAUAAUGAACAACUUCUCUUUCACACAGAGCAAUGCCCUACCCAAACAAACAUUUUAAAGAGUGUCCCUGCCUUCUGCAUUCUGGCAAGUUACUGCCAGCAGCAUGAUCUUUUAGUUUGGUUUUCUGCUCCCUCAUAGGAUACCUCAACUGUGGGGGCUGGGCCAUAGAGCCCUACCCCUCUGGCAUAUGUAGCUUGCUUAGCUGAGGUGGCAGAUGUUUUUUCACAAAGGAGUUGAUCAGUUUGCCUUUAAACUUUAAACAUAGUGUACUGUAGUGUUCAUGGAUCUGACUGGCAACCAAGCCUGCUGCAUCUCAGCUGGGUGUGGCAGCAGGAUGUGCUCCAGGCUGGGAAUUCAGGUGCUGCUGCAGCUCUCAGAAUGCUCUGGAGAGGCAGGGAUGCUCCAGAGAGGCUCCCUGGCAGACCUCAGCUCAGUAAAUGUUGUGUUGCUAGGGGUUGUAGCAAUGAGGGUAUGAAACCUGGAGAGUUAAGAUUAGUUCUGGUAAUUAUAAAGCUACAGUGGUGAUUUGGGUUUGUAAUCUUUGUUUUUCCAGUUAG